AUGUGGCGGAAAGACAUGCAGCCUCAUCGUCACCUUGCCGAUUUGGGAUGGGGAGACCAUCGAGUUCAGAAUUUUCUCCAUACCCAGCGCGGCUACAAACUUAAUGUUCCAGAAGAAAUGGGUACACUAAUAAAAGAAAAUUUGAUCCCAGAGGCAUCAGCAGGCGGGUGGAUCAGAAUGCGUAUUCACCAAGUGAAUGAAGACGGAGGAGGCCCAUUCAAAUGCAAGCUCGAUCAAUCGGGCCUGUCAACCAACUUUGGUGAUUGGAUUCCUCUUACCAAGAACACUCCGGGAGAUGGACAUUCCAUCUCCCACCACACAGCUCGCACAGGUAAUCUGUGGCUCGAACUACCGCUACCAAAAGACCUGAAAUGUAGUGGUACUUAUGGAGACAGAAAGAAUAUUUGCAUGAUCCGCUGCGAGAACCAGGCUGUAAAUGGCCCCUUCGGUGGUUGUGUCCCUUUCCAACAGAUUCUUCCAAAAGAAGAAACUUCAACUUCAACUCCAAUUCCAACUCUAACUCUAGAACUAACCAAGUCGGAUCCGGAACCAACUCCAACUCCGGAACCAGUUAAGCCAGACCCAGUUAAGCCAGGCCCAGUUAAGCCAGACCCAUCUACUGUAGUUUCCAUCAAAACGGUCUACCAAAGACCCCCGCGCCCAACGGGUGGGCGUCCACGUCCUAGCUAUAGCUAUACCAAAGGGCAGCGACCUCCCUCGACGCCAAAGGCCCCGACUCAACCCGAGGAUCCAGAGGAUCUCGGAUAUUACUAG